AUGACGCGGAUCGACCCCUAUAGCGCCUCGCUACGUGAGGAGCAGAAAGCAAUUCUGAAUGGAUUGCUUGGACUUAUCUAUGACAACUAUGACACAACGAAGAGAAUAGAGAAUACAGUGAACAGUAUUUAUCGGAUAGUGAUCGCUUUAUUGGUGAUUGUCGUCCUGUUAGUUGUCGGCAUUAUUCUCUUCGUAUGUAUUCUUGGCUGUCGAAAAUAUCAGGCUGAGAGGUUUGGUAUGGCGAGCAGUUCCCAACGAUGCCUGCAAAAACGCGAAAUAUCCCCUACAAAUGCUCAACUCACAGCUGAUGAUUCUGAAUUGGACGCGUUUCACGGGGAGCUGGAGGAAGUAAUCCGCAACGAAAAAUCCUUCUACAAAUUUGUUGCCGGAGACUUCAACGUAAAACUAGGAAAGGCCACAGAAGAGGAAUACAGGAUUGGGAGAUUUGGACUAGAGGACAGGAAUGAAAAUGGCAAUCGUCUCGGCGGGCUGUUGUCCGCCGCUCGCCUAUUUCAUGAGAACUCUCUUUUCUUGAAAAGAUCAUCGUCGGUGGACAUGGGAAUCGCCCAAUGGCGCGACUCGUGCGGAGAUCGACCACAUACUCACCAACCGGAGCCGCACGAUGGAAAAGAAUAUCUGCUAUCGGCAACGAAGGAGAAAAGAAGUCGUCUACGACGAUUGCGUAUUCGAGGACAUCCUCAUCGAUGUGUCAGUCCCAAGGUGACUGGCACAUCGAUGAGGACCCAAACAUGGACUGCGAUGCUGCUGCUCAGAGGGUUACGAGCCUGUGCUGAACCUGCCUCGAAGCCGCGCACGACAAACUUGGAUCGAAUUUCGAAGACUAAGGAAUUGUUGGAAAGAGGAAGGGGUUUGAGGCUUGAUCCGAAUGCAUCGCACAUUGAGCGGUUAGUAGCAAACAUUAGCUGCAGAAAAGCGUUGCAGGAGGAUCUUUUGAAAUACGGGCAGAAGAAGAUUCCGGAAGCACCACAAAGAAGAACGAGUCUAAAGCAGGGAUCUCCGCGAAUAUAA